AUGCACCUGCAUCCUUACAAUAGCACACUUCCUGUUGAAGGCCUGGAUGUCACAGUUAAGGUUAGACUUGGGAACACACAUAUUAAUGACAGUCUAAAGAUAUCCAACUGUGCUGACAUCAGGGGACCACCAACUUCUGUCCUGUGUCGGAAGUGUAUCCAGGCUGGAUGUGGCUGGAGCACAAACGGCUGUUCGUGGACACAACAAGGAGAGCAGAAUGACAGCGCUUGCAAAAUGAUUACAUCUGGGACAAACUUUUCUGUGAGUCUGAACCUCAAUUCUCACACCUUCUUCCUCUGAUGCUUAUCUAAUCCACAUUCAGUAGUACUACUACUAGUACUACUA